GUCUGGAGCUGUGCUCUUGAUUUGCGGCGACGCGCUGGAUCAGACCAUUGCUUGCUGUACUUCUACACCACCGAGAAAAAAAUCCGAUUUCUGGUCGACGGUGGUAACAAUCGCUGCAAUCUCUUCAUGCAAGCCGUUUUGGAGGAUGGCUCCAACUUUGGCCUUGGACCAGAUGCUGCCAGCAAAGCACCAGACAGGUGGAUCUCUCAAGAUGAAGCUCUCAUAAAUUGCUUUUGGCCGACGAAAGCAGCUUGGGAAGCAGCUCAAGGCUCACGGCCAAUGCCCACGGCUUCGGCAGCCCGCAUGGUUGAGAACCUUACCAUAUCCUUUGUGACCAUUCUUUGGAAAUUGGUGGCCCCAGGAGUCCAGGUGGCGGAGCUGCAUGACUAUCUCAAAAUGAUGUUUCCCAAUGCAACCGCAUAUUGCGUUCCUUUUCUCUGCGAUUCCGCCGCAGUAACGAAUCUGAUGACUUCGAACACACCUGCCCUUCUGAUGCCUCCCGGCCCUGAAGGGAUAUCUCUGCCCAGACAAGCUGGCUGCAAUCGCUUCGGUGACAGUGAAUACCAGAAUGAGGCGUUCGAAGGUCUUGAGACGGAGGCUGUGGUCGUGAAAGGUGACAAAAUGAGAGUGCUGAAAGGAGAAGCAACACAGGUGCGUCGAGGCGCACUGAAGAAGAAAGAUGAAGGAGUCUACAUGAAGUCGGCUCGAAAGUAUCGACGGCUGACUCAGGAUGAGAUUGGAAAGUUCACUCAGGAAACCAAGGAGGAUGAGAUGCGAGUGAUGAAGCGUGCGAGGGUCGACAUCCGGAAGGCCAGAGCCCGGGUGAUGACCAAAGACAAGAAGUUGAAGAGGUCCCAGAGGGUGAAGCAAGCAAGAAAAGAGAACAGGAAGAAGAACGAGUUCAACUUCUACCUCAAUCACCCGCACGACCAGAUGAGAUGUUUCAAGUUCAAGACAUCGUUUUGCCAAUUUGGCAACAAGUGCAAAAUGCAACACUCCGAGGUGGACCGAGAGUAUGGGUUCAUCAACGAGCGGAUGGGAGCAAGAAUCAGAAGCGAAAGGAAUAUCAAGUCGACGGAGGCCAAGGGUGAGAUCAACUCCUUCGAGUCCGCUGACGAAGUUCAGUGGAGUGAGAAGGGUUGGACUAAGUUGGUGGUCAACUUUAACAUUGGUGCAGCGAUCACCGCUGUUCCGAAACACUUGGCAGAAGCCGGGCUGCUGAAGGGCGAUCGCAGGAAUAGUUCAACGUCUUACAAAACAGCCUCAGGAGAACUGUUGGAAGAUGAAGGUGGAGUUCUGGUGAAAGGCUAUGAUCACCACGGCCGGGGCCGAAGCGUUCAGGGCAGGUUGGUGAAUGUUCACAGAACUCUGGUCAGCGGCACAGCCCUUACAAAGAAGAACAUGGUUGUCCUGGGAGGUGACAGUGGCAACAUCAUCCCCAAGGACAGCAGAAUCGCCAAGGAGAUGAAGAAACACCUAGAGAUGCUGAAAGAAAAGUACCCCGAGGAAGCAGCGCAGAUGACGGAGAUGUAUGUGCACAAGGGCAUCUACGUCUUCGAUCUAUGGGUGAAUGGCACGGCAGAGGAGAAGAAGGAAGACAAGGUGGACAUCGGGGCCGCCGUCGAUGUGGAUGUGGGGAUCAAGCCGAAGCGCUUGAAGAGCCCUACGGAGCCCACCGCCUUGGAGAUCGAGGAGCACGAGAUGACAGGGCAUGCCUGCCCGGAGCUGGUGUGGACACUGCAUGCGUGCUCGCGGACUGAUGGAAAGACACACUCAGCAGAAGGAGUUCCGGCGAAGGGAGCUGACCCAUUCGCGGUGAACUUCGUGCUGAACAUCCUGGAUGAAGUCGGCUAUCGGAAGCUGGUGAUGAAGAGCGACAAUGAACGCUCUAUCAAGUUGCUCAAGAGUGCAGUGAAGGCUGCAUCAAAGAUGGACAUCGUGCUUGAGGAGUCCAAGACGGGAGACAGUCAAGCCAAUGGGCUGGCAGAGGUUUCCGUCCGUGAGACCAAGGGUCAAUGCCGCGCCAUGAAGCCAGUCGUGAUGUUCGGGGAGCGAAUCUGGUUCCGCCCCCUCAAAAGCUACACCGCGGGUGCUGGACGAUUGGAAAACAAGCUGAUGUCCGGAAGAUACAUAGGGACACAUGGUAGGAAUGGAGAUAUCAUGGCAAUGACCUCUGAAGGGGUCAUCAAGGGCAGCAGUGUGAAAAGAAUGACCCAACAAGAGCGUUGGGAUCCAUCGGACAUGGAGAAACUGAGAGGCACUCCAUGGAACCUCAGACCAAGGAUGGCAGGCGACGUGGAUUCCCUGCCGAUCCCGAUCGAACUUCCCAAGGUGGAGGAAGGUGAAAAGCUGCUACCCGAACCAGCUCAGAGAGAUUCCGCCCCGAGGAGUCUGUAUGUGAAAAGGAAGGACGUUGAAGGGCACUACACACCAGGGUGUCCUGGGUGCAUAGCACUGCAAGUUGGAGCACCGGUGAGGUCACACAACAGUGAGUGCAGAACGUCCGUCGAGCAGAGACUGCGUGAGACCGAAGAAGGGAAGCUGAGAGUGGAGACCGCUCGGAAGCGAAAGGCCGAAACAGGUACAGAGGGCGAAGAGCAGAUCGCCUUAGAGGAUGUGCCUGACGCCGAAGAAGAAAUGCAUGCGCCUGAUGCCGUUGGGAGCCCUCCGCGGGAGCGAGUCGAACCUUUGGUUCGGCCGUCUCCGUCGAGGAAGAGAUCAUCUGAGGAGGGGUCUCCCGAGGGAUCAAAGAAGGCGAAGGCGGAUGAAGCAAAGGGCCAAGGAACCAAGAGGGCCUUGGACCCAACGCAGGACGAAAGGACAUUCAAGCAACUCAUGGACGAGAUCAAACAGGAUCAGAAAAGAUCCAAAGAUGAAUCAAGCUCAAGUGCAAGCGCUUCGACGGCAGGACGGCCAGAGAGAGCGCAAGCUACCAAAGACGUGGCGAGCAUUUUGCAGUCACGCAUCAUGGCAAGCGCCCCAGAAGAGGAGGUGCUGGAGAUCGGACAGUUACUCAUGCCGAUGAGUGGCUCAAAAGUGGAUGUGGCAGAGAUCUAUAAUCCCAAACGAUUCACGAGCCAAGCCAAUCGGUUUGGACUCAGGCCUGGAUUCGCAAUCGACUUGACUUUGUGCAAAAAUGAACAAGGAGAACACUGGGAUCUUUCGAAGAAGGAAGACCAAAAGAUGCUGAGGGAGCUACAGCGCAAGGAGAAACCGGCGUUGUUGAUUGGGUCCCCUCCUUGCGGGCCCUUCAGUCCUUUGCAGAACUUGAGCAAGAACAAGAGGACACCAGAGCAGAAUGCAGAAAUUCUGGCAGAAGGAAAGACGCAUUUGAAGGUGGCCACGGAUGCUUACCUGGAACAACAUCGGAACGAUCGGUUCUUUCUUCACGAACAUCCGAAGCCAAGCUCAAGUUGGGAAGAAGACGAGAUAAAGAGGCUCACCGAGCUCGAAGGAAUCCACUUGGUCGAGUCUCCCAUGUGCCACUGGCAUAUGACCUCGGAAGACAAUGAGGGCAUCGGGUACGUAAGGAAGCAGACGAUUCGUCUGAUGUGGCUCACAAAUUCGAAGGAACUAGCAAAGACCCUGGAGAAGAAGUGCAGCGGAAUGCAUAGACAUGUGCAGUUGAUCAAUGGGAGAGCCAAGCAUGCUCAAGUCUACCCUCCGAAGCUUGUCUCCGCGAUUCUUCGCAGAAUCCGUCAAGAGCUUCGAAAUGCAGGAGAACUCUCCGCACUGUCGGAACUUGUUGCAGGGCCCUGUCCCGAUGACACUGGCAACGAGCAGACCGAAGAGUUCUUCGACCCAGACAAUGUGCCUGAAGGAGAAUACUACGACCCAGUCACUGGGAUCGUGCUCGACCCAGAGAAGGUGCGAGCGGCCAGGAAUGAUGAGAUGAAAUGGGUAGAAAAGCAACAACUCUGGGAAACAGUGGACGAGAAGAUUUGCUGGGAAGAAACCAAUCGGGAACCAGAUUGGCGGGACCUUUGGACUGUGGACAUUUGGUGCCUGGACUCUGGGCAACUCAAGGCGAUGCCCAUUUCUGGAGAAAACCGACUCCUCGCUUUGCAGAGGAAGCGCUGGGAAGCGCAGCGGGAAGACACAUCGGCACGGGUUAAUGCGGGAAUGAAUUUGGCUUUCUUGCUGAAGACCAGUGGGCAACAGGGUGCGGCACUGGAAGUGUACCGAGAGCUGCACGAUCUGCCAAACCUGAAGCAUCAUGCCAACUUCGUGACAUGCAUCGCUGACUGGGUCCUGCUUUUGGAGGCCAAUGGGGAGAUCCAUGAAGCGGAGCAAGUGUUGAAGAAGGAACUGCAACAGAGCUCUGAGACUCUGGGAGAUGUAGACACUGCGACUCUGCAAUUGAGCAGUUGUUUAGCACGGUUUCUCCAGAGAAAAGGAUCAACGCAGGCUGUAGAAGAGGCCGAGCAGUUGCACCGAAAAGUCUGGGAGAUCAGAUGCGUGGUCAAUGGAGAACAACAUCCCCUGACACUUCAAUGCUGUGGCAGCCUUGCGUUCACGCUUCGAGAGAAAGGAUGCCUCAAGGAAGCUACGGAGUUGUAUGGCCAGCUGCUGCGGAACACGGUCGAAGUGUUUGGUGUCAAUCAUCCCGACACCAUUUGUACCAGCAACAACUUGGCGUGCCUUCUUCAAGAGACCGGAAAGUGGCAGGAAGCAGAACAACAGUUCCGCAGGGCGCUGAGAAGAAGUGGAAAAGUUUUUGGAAAGAAGCAUCCGGACACUCUGUUAGUCACUCACAACCUGGCGCUCUUUUUGAAGGACAAAGGCCAGUUGGCUGACUCCUUGGACCUCCAAAAGGAACUUCUGGAAAGCUGUCGCCAAGCCUUUGGUCAAUUGGAUCCGCACACGCUGGCGUGCAUGAGCAGUCUUGGACGUAUCCUGGAGGAGUUGGGUCGGCUAGAUGAGGCUGAACACCUUCAACGAGACGUGGUUGAGGUGUCCAAGACUUCCUUGGGAAGCAACCAUCCAGAGACCUUGCGUUUCAGCAACAACUUGGCAUGUUUGUUGCAUGGCCGAGGCCGACUAAUUGAGGCAAGGCAGUUGCACGCCGAAGUUCUGAAGUUUCGAAAGGAAGGCUUGGGGAACAAACAUCUGGACAGCCUCGUUUCAGCCAACAACUUGGCUUGCUUGCUCCAAGAGCAGUUGGACUUGAGGCAGGCUCUCCAAAUUCACGAGGAGGUGGUGGCUGCUUCGGAGGAGACCUUAGGUGAGCAGCAUCCCUACACGCUGAGGUUCACUCACGAUCUCGCACUGGCCAUGCAACGGCGGAGACGUACCCAAGAUGCUGAGCAGUUGCACCGCAAAGUGCUGCAGAUCGCACUGGACACCCUGGGAGACAAGCACCCGCAGACUCUUCGAUCCCGCGACAGUCUUGGUUGUUUGCUUCGGGCGACAGGACGACUGGAAGAGGCCGAAGAAAUCCUCCGUGACGUCUUGCAAUGUCGCAGGGAGGUACUGGGGAAGGAUCAUUUUGACACCGUGCGGUCCGCCAACCAUUUGGAUCAGGUGCUGCAAGAAGGAGGAGAACUGAGGAAAGCAAAGGGGGGCUCGACGUGA